AUGUUUUUUAACAUAACCUCCUUUGACCAGGUGGCCUUCACACUAAUUUAUGUGAUACCCUUCUAUCUGUCGAGGUCGACGCGACCAUCGCCGACCUUGAAUCGAGAUGCACCUUCGGUCAUUCGAGCGCGGAUACGCACCGUCACUCUGGCCUGCAUUGCAGCCUCUGCGGCAACCUUUUAUUUACUUGUUGUGACAGCUAAACUGACACCGGUCGAUGCUCUACAUUUCAUGGGUUGGUGGCCGGUCCAAUUGACUGACGUGGUCAAAUGUUGCGCUUUGACCUUUCUCCUCUUUCUCGGUCCCCUGUUCGAGAAACUCUUUGUGGAGGGACGCCUGGGUGAUUUGCGCCGUGGUCGGAAAAUUGUCGAAACACUAAAAAGUUGGCAAGGCUAUCGUAACUAUGUGGCCGGUCCUAUCACGGAGGAGGUCAUCUUCCGCUCUGUUCUGGUACCAGUACAUCUGUUGGCCAAGGUGUCGUCGACAAAGAUUGUCUUUCUGACACCACUAUACUUCGGAAUUGCUCAUGUGCAUCAUUUCUAUGAGUUUAUCCUGACUCAUCCUCAUACACCCCUCCUGCCCGCUCUCUUACGAUCGGUCUUCCAAUUUGGAUACACAACGCUGUUUGGCUGGAUAGCCGACUUCAUCUACCUUCGUACGGGCUCGAUUUAUGCCUGUAUUUUAAUUCACACAUUUUGCAAUUGGGUCGGGCUGCCUCGAUUUUGGGGUCGCGUCCAACGCCGAGAGGAGUAUCCGCUGUCACCUAUAGCCAUACGAGGCAAAGACGAUACCGAUGCGAUCCAAGCUAAUGGAAGAGGAGGACCUCAAGACCUCAAGUUGACGGUGGCCUACUAUGUCUUGCUGUUGACCGGAGCCUAUUCCUUCUAUGCCGGACUAUGGCCACUGACAGCGUCAUCACUUGCACUGGCCGAUUUUGAGGGCAAGAAGGUUCACUUAUAAGGUUAG